UUCAGUGAGCGUCCGUCCGUCUUUGCGACGAGAUGGGUGCGGGUGUGCGAGUGCGAGCGUGGAAGCUUAGUGUAUUAGUAGUGGUUGUGGUGGUGUUGGACUUGCAACAAGUGACGGGAGAAGUUUUAACACCGCCGUACUUCAAUUUGGCCGAAGGGAGACGAAUCACCGCGACCGCCACAUGUGGAGAAGGCACUGAGGGUCCUGAACUGUUUUGCAAACUUGUGCCCAAUGCUGAAAAAGAGGAUACUUUGCUCAUUCAGGGGCUGGUAUGUGACCACUGCGACCCGGAACGGCCGGACAAACGACAUCCUCCCGAGUUCGCCGUUGACGGCUCGUCCACCUGGUGGCAGAGUCCCCCCCUCUCCAGGGGUACCAAGUACAAUGAGGUGAACCUCACCAUCGAUCUUGGACAGGAAUUCCAUGUUGCCUAUGUGUUCAUAAAAAUGGGUAACUCGCCUCGUCCGGGAGUGUGGGCUCUGGAGAGAUCGGCUGACAAUGGAGUAACCUGGCAGCCUUGGCAGUAUUUCGCUGAUACUGUUAUUGACUGUGAGAACUAUUUCGGAUACAACAGCACUCUCCCAAUUUCAAGGGAUGACUCAGUCACCUGUGAAACACAGUACUCGAAAAUUGUCCCUCUGGAGGGAGGAGAGAUCGUUGUAUCUCUGCUUCACAACCGUCCAUCAUCCAACGACUUUUUCAACUCGACCGUACUGCAAGAAUGGACAAGAGCCACCAAUGUACGACUACGGCUCAUUCGAACAAAGACUCUGCUUGGACAUCUUAUGUCAGUGGCCAGACAAGAUCCUACAGUCACUCGGAGGUACUUCUACUCCAUAAAAGACAUCAGUAUCGGCGGAAGAUGUCGGUGCAACGGUCACGCGGACAUCUGCGACAUCAUCGACCCGGCCGACCCCUACAAGCUGAUUUGCCGAUGUCAGCACAACACCUGCGGCCACAACUGCGAGAUGUGCUGUCCCGGCUACGAGCAGAAGGCCUGGAGUCAGUCCAAAGAGAAGAAGCUGUUUGUUUGCGAACCGUGCAACUGUUACGGUCACUCGGAGCACUGCACGUACAACGAGACAGUGGACGCCCAGCACCUGUCUGUGGACAUCCACGGCAAGUACGAGGGAGGCGGAGUUUGCCACAACUGCCGUGACAACACCGAGGGCAUAAACUGUGACAAGUGCAAGGCUGGCUACUUCAAGCCCUACGGCGCCAAACUCGAACAACCUGAUGUGUGCAAAGAAUGUGACUGCAACGUGUUCUACUCGACGGGCAACUGUGAGGAGGGUUCAGGUCGGUGUGAGUGCCGGAAAGAGUUCACCCCGCCCAAUUGUGACAGCUGCAGCUUCGGCCAUUUUGGUUACCCCGACUGUCGGCCAUGUGACUGUCACAUCAACAGCACCGUUGACUUCACCUGUGAGCCGGUAGAUGGCGCCUGUCCUUGCAAACCCAAUUUCGCCGGCAAGCUUUGCCGCGAGUGCAGUCCUGGAUUCUACAAUUUCCCCGAGUGCAAACCUUGCGAGUGUAUUCCGAUAGGCUCAUUGUCAGAGGUGUGUGAGCCGUCAGAUGGUAACUGCCCUUGUAUGAGCAAUUUUGGAGGAAGGCAAUGUGAACAGUGCAAAGAUGGAUAUUACGAUUUCCCGGCUUGUAACUACUGCCAAUGCGAUGUGAAAGGAACUGAGCCAGGAAUUUGUGACAAAUCGUCGGGACAAUGUCUGUGCAAGAAAGGCUACGGAGGUCCCAGAUGUGACCAGUGUAUCGCCGGUUAUAUUGGCUACCCUGAUUGCCGGCCCUGCGGCUGCAGUGAGGUUGGCAGCGCUUCGUCUGUGUGUGACGUCACUGGAAAAUGUCCGUGUCUUUCUAACUUCGCUGGAAGAACUUGUGAACAGUGCAAUCCUGGUUUCUACAAGUAUCCAGAGUGUUUACCUUGUAACUGUGACAGCCAUGGAUCGAUUGGAGUUUCAUGUGACAAUGAAGGCGUUUGCCAGUGUGCUUCGAAUUUCGACGGACAGCGGUGUGACAAGUGCAAGGAAGGACUCUACAAUUUCCCUAUCUGUGAAGAAUGCAACUGCAACCCUGCCGGAGUACUGGAGACGUUCGGUGGGUGUGGCACCCUGCCUCUGGGAGAACUGUGCCAGUGUAAACCGAGGGUGCACGGGCGAGUAUGCGACCAAUGUAGACCGCUCUACUGGAAUCUCAACUCUAACAAUCCCAAUGGAUGUGAUGACUGUGACUGUCACAAGCCCGGAGUGAUGGGAGAGAUUAACGUGUGUGAUGGCAAGACAGGGCAGUGUGUUUGUAAGCCUUCGGUGACGUCACGCCGGUGUGAUAAGUGCGCUGAUGGAUUCUACAGUCUAGAGGAAGAUAAUCUGUUCGGAUGUAAAGAAUGCAGCUGUGACAUAGGAGGUUCAGUGAACCGCAUUUGUGACAGCCUGACGGGGCAGUGUCCGUGCCAGCCUAGGAUCGCAGGUCGCACCUGCAAUGAGCCGCUAGUGGCGCACUUCUUCCCCACUUUGUAUCACAAUCUAUACGAAGUCGAGGCUGGCAUCAAUCCGGCCGGCUCCUCCAUUCGCUAUGGCUUCAAUGAGACCCUCUUCCCUGACUACUCGUGGAAGGGGUAUGCGGUCUUCUCUUACUUGCAGGAUGAAAUCAACCAAGACAUAACCAUCCAUAAACCGUCCGUCUACCGUAUGGUACUGCGGUACGUCAACCUCAAUCCCGAACCGGUUGUGGGUAAAAUAAUAAUCACACCGGAAAACCCCGGCGACGCUGAGCAGAAUUUCCUGGUUUCGUUCAAACCCAGCCAGAAACCGACUUUCGUGACUGUUUCGGGGGCGUCCGGUGGUAUUCCCUCGCCCCUCGUCAUGAACCCUGGCACAUGGACCGUGUCUAUCAAGAGUGAGAAAAAUCUACUUUUGGAUUAUUUCGUUUUGUUGCCGUCAGCAUACUAUGAAGCAUCAGUUUUGUCGAAGAAUGUGAUGAAACCGUGCACAGUGGAUGGAGGAGACAGUUUGUGCAGACAUUUCCAGUACCCGACCGUAUCCAACUAUGAUACGGUACGAGGUGAGGGAGGGUACACUGCCCACGAUGACGAGAGGAGACCCAUUUACGAGUUCAUCGACAAUGUCAAGCAAUUACCGUCCAACAUAUCCCGUGUCCCCGCCGUGAGCGCCAACCAACCGGAACUACGCUUCGAUCUGCGCGUGACACGGCCCGGCCCGCACGUGCUGCUAGUCAACUACGUGACGUCACCUGGCGACCCGUCCGUGACGUCACCAGAGGGCAGCAACCACUCGUCUCGAGUGGAGGUGAAGACUCAGAGCAGUCAGGAGCGUGGUCGCCUCGUGCUCUAUCCCUGCACCUAUACGGCGGUGUGUCGUCAGGUCGCCAUAGAUCGUAGCGAUAAAGUCGGCGUGUUCAACUUCGAUACUAACUCGAUUAGUGUCAUUCUGAAGGGAGGCAGUCCAUCAACCGUAGGAAUUGAGUCGGUUGUCGCCAUUCCUGUGGAGAAGUGGUCGUUGGACUUCAUUCAACCGAAACCGGCUUGCGUGCAGCUGGAUGGGAAGUGUAUUGAGUCAUCCUAUCGAUUCCCACCCGAAUCUAAAAAGAUUGAAUUUGAAUUGGGCAAUGAAGAACGUACAUCAAGUGUAUUGCCGCCUGGAAUCCACGACAAGUCAACAGGUCUGAUCUAUUUGGACCACGCUGAUCCCAUGGUUGAUGUCAAAGGAAAAGUACCUUUCCCAGGCCAUUAUGUAUUCGUGGUACAUUACUAUCAACCGCAUUUCCCAGAAUUCGACAUGGACGUCCUUCUACAAAACGGACAGUUUUAUGAAGCCAAAUUGCAGGUGCCCUAUUGUCCGAGCACCAGUGGAUGCAGAGCUGUCAUAAGGCAAGACGAUGGCAACAAAAUAUUCUCACUGACUGAAAACUAUAUGCUCACUAUGAAGGAACCAAAUCAUAAAAGCGUGUGGUUGGAUUAUGUGCUGGCUAUCCCUGUUGGAGAGUUCCAGGAGAGUGUCACCGAAGAGCUUCCCUUCGACCAGACAAGUGCUUUCAUCACUAGAUGCGGAAGCAAUCAUUUCUAUGUCGACACGUCUGUUCUAGGUUUCUGCCGUGACUCGAUCUUCUCGCUGACGGCUGACUACAGGAACGGCGCGGAGGCGUGCCACUGUGACGUGGAGGGUUCGCUGACGUUCGCGUGCGCCGUGUUCGGCGGACAGUGCGCCUGCAAGCCGAACAUCAUCGGCCGACGCUGUGACGCGUGUCGCAACGGCUACUACGGAUUCCCCAACUGCGUCAAGUGUCAAUGUCCGCCCCGGGCGCAGUGCGAUCCUGUCACAGGUGAAUGCAAGUGUGCGGAGCAUGUGACGGGUGCGAAUUGCGACCAGUGUGAGCCGCAGACGUUCGGCUUCGACCUGAUUGUCGGCUGCGAACUGUGCAACUGUAAUCCACUCGGAGUCCGCAACGGCAAUCUCGAAUGCGACUUCAACAACGGAACUUGCGGUUGUCUCCCAAACGUGGUGGGACGGAAGUGCGACCGCUGUCAGUCUGGCCACUGGGCUUUUCCGCAUUGCCAACCUUGCGAGUGUGACCUCAGGGGUACCGAAGCUGAAGUCUGCGACCAGGAAACGUCAGCUUGUUUCUGUAAGGAGAACGUUCAUGGCCAAGCCUGUGAUUUGUGCAAGGAAGGCACUUUCAACAUACAAGAGGUCAACCCGCACGGAUGUACGAAAUGCUUCUGCUUUGGACGUACCACUCGGUGCUCAAGUUCAUCACUCUAUCGAACUAAGAUUAACGGCAUGCACGACUGGACGCUGGCGACUGUGAACAUGACGAAAUCGGUGCUAAUCGAGCCGGUCUACACGUUGAUUGACAAGAUGCAGGACGCUGUGUUGGUGGACCUGACCGAGGAGAGUGGCAAAGUGGCUUACUUUGUGGCUCCCGAAUACUAUCUCGGCAACAGGCUGACCUCUUUCGGCGGAGUGCUCAACUAUUCCAUAUUCGGCACCACCAAAGAACUACCAAUUGCAGAGAGCGGAGCCGACGUGAUCUUGCACGGUGCCAAUUUGCAUGUGUUGCAUUACGCCGUGGAUCAGCCGGACGUGAACGCCUACCAUACCACUGAGCUUGAGAUCUACGAGACCAACUUUGUGCUGCCCAACGGCCACCAGGCCACCAGGGAGCAACUCAUGCAGGUCUUGGAGGACCUUAGAGGCAUCUACAUCAGGGCCACCUACUGGACGGAGAGUGUUACUACACGGCUGAUGAGCGUAAGCCUCGAUUCGGCGUCAACCGCAUACUCACUGGGUGCUGAGAUCGCUUUGGGCGUGGAACAGUGUCACUGCCCUCCCAACUACGAGGGUCUCUCCUGCGAGAAGUGUGCAGACGGCUACUAUAGGGCGCAGACGGGGCCAUACGGCGGCUACUGUAUCCCCUGUCAGUGCAACGGCCACGCUACCACCUGUGAUAAAGUCACUGGUAUCUGUUUGGACUGCAAACACAACACAACCGGGGACCACUGUGAACUGUGCUCGCAGGGCUACCACGGCAACGCGACUUUCGGUGCACCCUACGACUGCCUGAUCUGCGCAUGCCCGCUGCCCAUCCCCUCCAACAACUUCGCGACCGGCUGUGACGUCAGUGCCGACGGCGAGGAGAUCAGCUGUCAGUGCACCGAGGGCUACUACGGAGCCACCUGCGAGUCGUGCUCCAACGGCUACUACGGCCGGCCGAGGAUCCCCGGCGAGUACUGCAAGCCUUGCCAGUGCUCGGGCAACAUCAACCCUGAAGACCCCGGGUCAUGUGACUCGAUCACCGGCGAAUGCAUCAAGUGUCUCAACAACACUUCGGGCGCGAUGUGUCAGUACUGUGCGCCCGGGUUCUAUGGUGACGCAAUCAGUGCUAAAAACUGUCAGAGCUGUGACUGUGACAAGUGCGGUGUCGACAAAUGCGACCACUCGACCGGGCUCUGUCAGUGUAAGGAGAAUGUGGUGGGUGAAAAGUGCGACCGAUGUUUGGAGAAUUAUUACAGUUUCUCAUCGUGUCAAGGCUGCAGAGCUUGUGAUUGUCAGCUGGCUUCGGAGAGUCUCCAGUGCGAAGACGGCUCCGGUCAAUGUCGGUGUAAACCGGGUGUAACAGGGCGUAACUGUGACAGAUGUGCCUCAGGUUUCUGGGAUUACGGUCCACAAGGUUGUCUGUCAUGCGGUUGUAACGAGGACUACUCAGUAGGUGUGGGUUGUAACCCAACCACGGGUCAAUGUGAGUGUUUACCCGGGGUGCAAGGCGAAAAAUGUUCCCAUUGUCCACACAGAUGGGUACUGGACCCUGACAGGGGUUGUUUCGAGUGUGAUACCUGUACUCACAGCCUCCUAGACACCACUGACGAACUCAGGAACCGUCUAGAACCGGUUCUCGGUGAAUUCCAAUCGGUCGCUGCCACCUACUUCACUACACAACGUCUAGCUUUCAUCAGUGGCACUGUCGAUCAACUCUCCCCCAACGUGACUCUGAUGAACUCGAACCAGGUAGAUCUGAGUCCGUUGAUCAGUAAAGUGAAUGCGGUGAGUGAGGAUACCAGGAGUCUCAACCGAGGCGCUAGGAAGGCAGUAGAAGAUUCUAGUAAAGCCCCCGGCGCUCUCCUGUUGUAUGAAGCGUUAUCAGUUGAAGAAUUGAUAUCUCAAGCUCAGAUCAACUCACAACUGAUAGUCGAAGACGUGAGUGACCUGGUGUACAACUUGGAUCACGCUGCAGGGCCUAGAAUCGACGACGCCCUAAAUGAAGCCAAAUAUAUACUGGAGAACAUCAAUGCAUCAAAGUCCACCAUUGGGAGUCUAGAUGAAGAAGCUGGAAUAGGUUUGCAGAAAGCUAAAGAGCUACAUGAAGAGAUGAAGGAGUUCUCAGCACCUGUGACGAACAUCUCAGAAGCACUGAAUGAAAUCAGACAACGCAUCAAAACAUUCGACAAUCGUUUGGAGGAUAUCAAGAACCACUCCAUAAGCGCUCAGAGGAAAGCCUUCGAAGCCGGAGCGUUGAACGUGAAAAAUCGCCAGGCUCUACAGAAUAACCGCAUCUCUGGUUUGAAUAGUUUGUCGAACGCAACGUCGCAGAAUUUCGAUAGGGUGAAACAGUUGUUGGCUAAUGCGUCGAGGAAUUAUAAUGACGCCGACAAGGCGUUUGAAGUGUUGAAUAGGGAACGGGCGCGGCUGAAUACUGCAAUGGAGAGCUUGGAACCGCUCGUCUCGGAGAAGAACCAGAACGAGUAUGAUGCUGUGAAGGGCGAGGUGGAUAAGGCCAAGGAUUAUGCUAACCAGUUGGAGUAUCAGGCCAAACAACUAGAACAACUGCUGAAAUCGACAAUCAACCAAUCAGGAGGCGCCGUUGAAGCGGCCAAUGCCUACCAGAAUAUGGUCGACGCCAUUCAUGAGGCACUGAAUGCAUCAACGGAAGCCGAUAAAGCGGCUCAGACUGCUAUUGAUUUGUCGGAGGGUCUAGGCAGCACAACAAUCGACACGAGUUGGCAGUCGCGUCGACUGAGUGAUGCAGCCCAGGACUCGCUGAGAAGGGUGCGUCAGCAGCUGGAGCCAGCCAUGCGCAAUGCCACCGAGAACGUGCACUUCAUUGAAGCACUCAAUGGGCAGGCUGCUCUCGCUGACGAGAAAAUCAACAAUGAACUGGAGCCUCUGCUGAAGAAAUCCAUAGAAGACAAUUUGGAAGAAACAGGCCGGGAGGCCGAAGAGAUUGAUAGAAGCGCAUCUCAGAUAGUCAGCAGCAUCGAUUCCAUUUCAGUGGACAAAGUGAACAAUGUACUGCCAAAUCUGACAAGUCUGACAGAGCAAUUGCAAUCUCGGCCGGCGGAACUGAGUCAACUGCGCGACAGCAUCAAAUCGAGCAUUGACCAGCUGAGGGAGAAGAUCGCUCUAACUCGAGAUAUCACCAAUAGGAUCGGCCUGGGCGUGACCUUCCAGCGAAACAGUACUCUAGAGCUGAAGAACCCGGACAAUCUGUCGCAGCAGGGCCUCAACUCACAGGCUUCCAUCUACUUCAGGACCCCCGAGCCCAACGGGCUUGUCUUCUAUUUGGGAAAUGAGAUGGGAACUAGUCGGUCGACUCGCUCUAUCAAUGCCAACCGCAGGAUGAGAUCCAAGACGGAUGAUUUCAUGGCAUUGGAAAUCGUGAAUGGCUAUCCAACGCUGACAAUUGACCUUGGAUCAGGAGUGUCAACCGUUGUCAACGACAGAAAAGUGUCAGACAAUCAUUGGUAUCAGGCUGUUAUCGGAAGAGUGGGAAAAUCGGUGAAAUUCACGAUCCGCGAGGACCUCGGCAAAAAGCAGAACUUCGAGGUGAAGGAGACAGUGAAGGAGGCGGUGCUGGAAGGAAGCUCAGUGAUACUGAACGUGGACAAGGAGCACUCGAAGCUGUUCGUGGGAGGAUACCCGCCCACCUUCGAGAUACAGCCCGAUGUUAGGUCGUCGUUCCAGGGCGAGAUGGAGGAGUUUGUGAUUGGAGACACACCUGUCGGCUUGUGGAACUUUGUCGAUGCUAUCGAGCUGCAGGGUGCUUAUGAGAGAAACGAAUUAGCAACAAAGAGCUCGCUGACAUCGGUUCGCCUGGGAGGGGAGGGUUACAUCACCAUUGAUAGUCGCGCCUACAUCAUGCGAGAGAGAACCAGCAUCGGAUUCAAAUUCAAAACUGCCGCCAAAGAAGGUCUCAUGUUCUUGGCCUAUCAGGACUCCAACAACUUCCUGUCUAUUGAACUGAGGGAGGGCAGGAUUUUGUACCAGUACAACUUGGGAGACGGAUUACUGACCCUGGCUUCAGACAAAACGUUCAACGAUGACGAAUGGCAUUCUCUUGAGGCGAGUCGGUACCACAAGGACGGAGUCUUGAAGAUUGACGGAGAUGUCGUCACUAAGAACCAAUCACCCGGUUACAGUGAAAAUCUAGAGAUCUCGGAAGAUAUAUUUGUUGGAGGCUACCCAGGCUUCCAUAAGCUUCCCGAUGUGACAGAAAUGGACUUUGAUGGCUGUUUAGAUGAACUGCAGAUUGAUAGCACAGGAGUCGACAUGGUUUCAAGCAUUAAGAACGCUCACGACAUGAAGCAAGGAUGUCCCAAGAAGUUCUCGGGAACAAUCUCGUUCGACGCCCGAGCACGCAGCUACGCGAAGGUGGCGUCGGUCCAGGCGGGCGACGAGGUGAUCCAGGUGAUUCUGCGCCUGAAGACAAUGACCAGCGACGGCGUGAUCGCAGUGGCCGUGGACGGCAGUGCGCAGGCGCAACUGCGCAUGCAACAUGGCGUCGUGGUGUGGUCGAGUGGGGGGGCCGAGGUGGCCACCAGUCAUCAGGUGAACCUGGCUGACGGUCAGUGGCAUGUGGUGGUCGCCACUCAUCAUCUCCUGCAACAGCAGCUGUCGUUGCAUGUCGACGACUAUGACAUGUUUGUUUCUGAGACGGCGCCGAAACCCAUCCGCCUCCUGCACCCGCACGUCUACCUGGGCGGUGUACCGUCGAGCGAGGACGCGGCAGCCGCCAUUGGGCCGCAGUUCAACGGGUGCCUGGGUGACGUCACCAUCAACGGCGAGGUCAUCAACUUCAGUCAGCUGACCGAGGUGCCUGGUACCACUGUGGGCAAGUGCCUCCUCGAGACGCCCAUCUUCAUCGUGCCCAAGCCGCCGCCUCCUCCGCCUCCCGCCCUCGAGAAGCCUGAGGAAAAACCAGAAGAUAAGAGGCCUCCUGCUCCACCUCUCAUCACAGAUUCUGAAGAAAUCCUAGAACCAGAUGAAGUAUCCGAUUCACCAGACAUAGAAGAUGUUACCAAACUGCCAGAUGAGCUGGAAAUCGUAGACGAAAUAAAUACAGCACCUCCUCCCACUCCUCUACCGGGAUGUUCCCUCCCUCUCCAUCCUGCGAAGGAUGCCACUGCUGUUGCUUCCAAGAGUGGAUGGAGAUUUGGCUGUGCAAAGUCUAUAAAAAACGUUCUACUCGCCUAUACAUUAAUUAUUCCUUUUUUCGUUGCAGAAAAACCAGAAGAUAAGAGGCCUCCUGCUCCACCUCUCAUCACAGAUUCUGAAGAAAUCCUAGAACCAGAUGAAGUAUCCGAUUCACCAGACAUAGAAGAUGUUACCAAACUGCCAGAUGAGCUGGAAAUCGUAGACGAAAUAAAUACAGCACCUCCUCCCACUCCUCUACCGGGAUGUUCCCUCCCUCUUCAUCCUGCGAAGGAUGCCACUGCUGUUGCUUCCAAGAGUGGAUGGAGAUUUGGUACAAAGAAGAACAGUCGACUGGAGUUCAAGGGAAUUGGCAACCAGAUGAACAAGAACCGUCACAAGUUCUCAAUUGAUGUGAAGACCAUUGCUCCCGAUGGCCUCAUAUUCUACAUCAGCGAUAAGCUCCAUGUCGACUUCAUAGCUCUCUACAUCAAGGACGGAUAUAUCUUCUACGGCUUCAACUGCGGCUCGGGCCCGGCCCUACUGCAGAGCGAGAUGCCGAUCAACAACGGCGAAUGGCAUACGGUGCAGUUCAGCCGUAACGGGACGGCGGGCCGUCUGCACAUCGACCAGCGGCUGGUGGCGACCAAUGCCAGUGUGGCUGGCGCCAAAUCCAUCAACGUCAACGAUCAGACGCUCUACAUCGGCUCGGCCGAUCCCCAGGUCGGCGACUACACCAAGAUGAAUAACAAUCUCCAGGGAAUGAACAAUACAUUCGAAGGAUGCCUACGCAAUUUGCGAAGAGGCGAGAAUCCGUUCGGCGAACCAGACAACGCUGUUGGGGUGAUUCCUUGCUCUGAAAACGUGGAGAGUGGAGUAUUCUUUUCAGCUGACGGUGGCUACCUUAGAGGAAAGUCAAACUACAAGGUUGGAGUCGAUUUGAACAUCAAGAUGUACAUGAAGCCACGCAACAUGAACGGACUUCUGUUCUCGGUUCACGGCAAGAAAGACUACCUGGUUCUGCAGAUGCUGAACGGCACGAUUCGCUUCAGUGUGGAGAACGGCAAAGGCGAGACGUUCACCGCCUUCAUUCCGCCUGUGCCUCACUACUUCUGCGAUGGACAGUGGCACUUUAUUGAAGCUCUCAAAACGAAGACAGUAGUUACCCUUUCAGUGGACAAGAGUGACACGGUGGAAUUCGGCCGCGGUCCCUCCUCUACUGACACCUCCAUGCCUAUCUACAUUGGAGGGCAUCCGAACCCCAAAUCUCUGCACGGCGUUCUGACCACUGAACAGUUUGUUGGUUGUCUCCACUACAUCGAAGUAAACAACAGAAACGGCAAAACGUACGACGAUUUCUCGGCUGUCGGAAACGUUACGCUCAGUGUGUGCCCUCUCAAUUAAAGCAAUUGGUUUCAACAAGUCGCUCAGUGUGUGACCUGUAAUUUGAAUCAAUUUGUUUCAAAUAGUCGCUCAGUGAGUAACUGUCAUUUGAAUCUAAUGAUUUCAAAUAGUUGCGUGACUUGCAAUUUUAAUCAAUUUGUUUCAAAAUGUCGCUCAGUUUGUGACAUAUUAUUUGAAUCAUUUUCAAAUAGUCGCUCAGUGAGAGACCUGUCAUCUGAAUCUAUUGGUUUCAAAACAUCGCUCAGUGUGUGGCCAAUCAUUUGAAUCUAUUGGAUUCAAAAGGUCGUUUAGUGUGUGACCUGUAAUUUGAAUCAAUUGGUUACAAAUAGUCGCUCAGUAUGUGACCUGUUAUUUGAAUCAAUUGGUUUCAAAUAGUCGCUCAGUGUGUGACCUGUUAUUUGAAUCGAUUGUUUUAAAUUAUGUGGCAAUUCAGAUGGAUGACGUACUGUACGAAUUAGUUUUAUAUUUUCUUGGUAAGAGUAACAAGCAUUUCUAUUUUAAAAGGCUUAAAUGCUUGACGAAAGCCAGAUAUUUUUUGAACUUCUUUAGCAAAUCAAUGUAAUUAGCUAUUUAAUUAUGUAACUUAUAAAUCGAAUGAUUCUUUGCAUA